AUGUCAAAGGGUCUCCCAUUUUUUCAUGCCUUUACAGGAUGUGACACAACAUCGUCAUUUGCUGGUAAAGGAAAGAAGUCUGCGUGGACGACAUGGAUGUCCUGUAUGGAAGCAACUCGGGUUUUUUCUGCCUUGGCGAGUGUGCCAGACAUCAUUUCCGAUGAGUGCAUGUCAACUAUCGAACGAUUCGUCAUAUUAAUGUACGAUAGGACAAGUACCAAGAUCAAUGUGAACGAUGCCAGGAUGCAGUUAUUUUGUCAGAAAGGCAGAGUUUUGGAGGCUAUCCCCCCUACUCAGGCAGCAUUACUACAGCACACCAAGAGAGCUGUGUACCAGGCUGGUCAUUGCUGGGGACAAACACUCUUGGUCAGACCACAUUUGCCGUCUCCAUCUGAAUGGGGUUGGGUGUUAGAAACCGAUGGAUGGCAACCAUUUUGGACCAACCUACCUGAAGUUACUGCAAGUUGCCGACAACUUGUAAAGUGCGGAUGCACGAAAGGAUGUCGUGGAAAUUGCUCGUGCAAAAAAUCGAACUUGAAGUGCACAGCGCUUUGCUCUUGCAGUGACGAGUGUGCCAAUUAA